AACCACUAAACAAACUAAAGCCAAAAAAAAAAAGAAACAAAGAGUGGGCGAUCGAUAUGCAUUACCACGGGUGCUGUUGCGGACGGUGCAGAGUAUCGACGUCGCCGCUGCCGGUAAUUGUCAUGAUCACGGUGGCGCUCAUCCUCUUGGCGCUUUCCUCCGCCGUGAAAUUUGAGGUAGCCAUCACCACAGGCGAAGAUAUGCUGAGCUGGCUGCUCCUCGCGGCGGUUCCACUGGCUCUGCUAUUCGCCGUGCGGUGUCUCUCUUGCCUUGAAACGUCAAAGCGAUCCAUCUACUACUGUCCCUGUGGCCGCUGGAAAUGCGUUUGCUACUACUAGUUAGUUUUGACCGCGCUAAGGCGGUUUCAAUAAGUUUGCAUCAUCAUAAAAGCAAGAAGAAGAAAGAAGAGCUUCUCUGAUCAUCGAUCAUCAUUUCAUGGCGUAUGGAGAGAGCAGAUCAGGACCGUCCAUGUUGGAAUCAUUCUCGCUAUCGCCUCUGCCGUAUCCGGUGCUUAUCAUCCUGGCCGUGGCUUCGGUGUUCCUAAUGACUUCAUGGUACUGGAGCUUCGAAGAUGCAGCCGAAUCCGCGGGAGAGCAGAUGAAUCUUGCUCUUCUCUUGAUCCCUCUGCUUCUCAUAGUCUUGGUCCGCUGGUUAUCUUCCCUGGAUAACCCUGACGCGUUUCUCGGUAUGUUUUCCAACCGUCGUCAGACUUACCGGAGUCCCGCCGCCGGAGAUGACGGUGGAAGCUCGCCUUGGGGGGUGGCCGCGAUUAUACUUCUGUUGCUUGUUUUGCUUCACUAUCAGUCAAGUUUCUUGGAGAUGUGGUUUGGUUGAUUUAGCUUCUUUAAUUUUGUCGUCUAGCUAAGCUAGUGUAAUGUAAAAAUGAUUUUCAGAUAUUUUUCUUUCUUGUUUUUUGGUUUCUUGAUGAUCAUUUACUUAUUACUACUACGAGGUUGAGGAUCUCGUGAGUUGUGUUAUCCGAUCUCUUUCACCUCUCUUGUUUACAUACAACACGUGAUAUCGUUUGAUUAA